UUUUAAGAACACAUCGCCAAAAAUUGAAUACUACUCAAGGUUUUCUCCGUCCCCCCUCUCCAUCAAACAGUUUCUGGAAUUUGGUCGGGAUAAUGCGUGUGAGAAGACGUCCUACAUGUUUCUCCGUAAGGAGCUGCCGGUGCGGUUGGCCAACACCAUGCGCGAGGUCAACCUGCUGCCAGAAAAACUACUCAGCCAGCCCUCAGUCAAACUGGUGCAGAAGUGGUACAUGCAGAGCUUCCUGGAACUGCUGGAAUAUGAGAACAGGAAACCGGAGGACUCUCGCAACCUGAACGAUUUUCUGGAUAUCCUCAUUGACAUCCGGAACCGCCACAACGAUGUGGUUCCCACCAUGGCGCAGGGGGUUGUCGAGUACAAGGAGAAGUUCGGCUUCGAUCCCUUCGUCAGCAGUAAUAUCCAGUACUUCCUGGAUCGCUUCUACACCAACCGCAUCUCCUUCCGCAUGCUCAUCAACCAGCACACUCUCCUGUUUGGCAAUGACACCAACCCCCUCCACCCCAAACACAUUGGCAGCAUUGACCCCACCUGCAAUGUGGCCGAUGUCGUGAAAGAUGCCUAUGAAACUGCCAAGAUGCUCUGUGAACAAUACUAUCUCUCCGCACCUGGGCUAAAAGUAGAAGAAUUUAACGCUAAGACUCCUGAGACACCCAUCCAGGCUGUGUAUGUUCCUUCACAUCUGUUUCACAUGCUCUUCGAACUCUUUAAGAACUCAAUGAGGGCCACAGUGGAGAUGCAUGAGAAGAACAAAGAUGGCCUCCCCCCUGUCAAGGCCAAGGUCACCUUGGGCAAAGAGGACCUCUCCAUCAAGAUCAGUGACCGAGGUGGAGGCGUCCCGCUGAGGAAGAUCGACCGUCUCUUUAACUACAUGUACUCCACUGCCCCCACCCCAAGCCUCGAACCCGGAGCCAGAGUCGUGCCCCUGGCUGGUUUCGGCUAUGGCUUGCCUAUAUCCAGACUGUAUGCGCGCUACUUCCAAGGUGACCUGAAGCUGUAUUCCAUGGAGGGGGUGGGAACAGACGCUGUCAUAUACCUGAAGGCCCUGUCCAGUGAGUCGUUUGAGCGGCUGCCUGUCUUCAACAAGUCUGCCUGGCGACACUACCAGACGGGCCCAGGGGCCGAUGACUGGAGCAACCCCAGCAGAGAACCACGAGAUGCCUCCAAGUUCAAGGCCAAAAGAUAAAUACCCCCCACCCCCACCCCCACCCUACUCAUCCAGCAGAACACUCCUCAUCUACCCCUCUUUAACGAUCUCACUUCCUGUUAGAAUAGCUUUAGCCGCUAUAGCAACUACGCAUCAACCAACCAGCAAUCUUGUCCGUACUUCCGGGUGUGUAUUAUUGUGAGUUAGUAGCAAUUGCCAGAUUUUAUCAGUCACCCGACUGCAGGUUGGACACCCCCCUGUGAUGAUGUAGACGUUACAUCAGUCUCCGUAUACCUCGUUGUCUAAGCAUGAGACAAUGGCUGUGCUUCCCCCUAGUGGUGUCUGCGCCAUACUGCAAGAGAGGGAAAGCUGCCGUUGUCUAUGUGUACGAUAUGUGUGUCAGGGAUGGGAGGGUUGGCAGAGAGGGUUUCACUCUGCUCACGGUGCCACAUAAAGAGGCGCCUGUUGGACUCCCCAGCCCACCGUCCGCCCUCCCCGUCCCCCCACUGAGAAAGUAGGUUAGGGAUUCAGCUGAGAACAACAGAGGCCGUUUCACCCAGUGGAGGCUGAAAUGCCCAGUCACUCGUUGUCAUAGCGACCCAAAGUGACUGUAGCUCACAGUUGAGGCCCCCCAAAUGAAUACGAGUUAAAGGACAAGAAUGGAAAAAAAUACCUUUUAAGUGUACUUAGGUACCAUGGGAACAAACACAAAUCUGAAAAGAAACCCGUCAUGACAUUGUUAUUAAUAUAACAUAAGGUGAAAUGCACUUUUUUGUAUUUAAAAACAGAAACCUGUUUUUAUUAGAGUGAGCGUAUUUAUUUAAAAAGAAAUCACUGGACAUUAGAUGUCUUUAAACUUUAAAAAGUCGCAGUCACGUAUAGAAAAUGCACUAAAUAGAUUUAUUUGAACAGAGGUCAUUUUUUAAAUGGGGAAGCAGAUUUUCUGAUAUUGUUAUUAUUUUAAGGUAAGUGCAGGGAAGAAACAUCAGUAGUGUCUUCAAAUGUAGGAAACUAGGCAGGUUAAGCCCUCUCAGCAGCAAUACGGACCCCCUCCACACCGUUAAAGGUGGGGAAAGAUCAGUGUCCAAAGAAGUUACGUUGUAAGCAGUUGUUGGUAAGUGUACAGUGACUCUAUACUCCCUGUCAGUCAUAAGCCGGUUUGCAGGCAUUGUAGGUGUAUUGACCAUGUUGGAGAAAAGUUAAAAAAUAAAAAAAACUAGGUGCUUACAACUUAAUUCCUUUGGAUACAAUGACCUGGAUGAAUGAGAAUCUUCACAGAUCAAAAGGAUCAAUGCAAGUCAUGCGUUUUACUCGACCCACUUCGCAUACCACACUGCCUGUUUUAUUGACCAGCUGUCUUGGUUCUGAAUUGACUGGUACCAGGUCCUCUGCUUUCAAGACUGGUUUCAUCAGAUCGUUGUCAGUUUGAUGCUUUUUUCUUUUUUCCUUUUUGUUUAAAAAGAAGAUGUUUUAAAAAAUACAUAAUAUUUUUAAGUCUAUUGCCCACCCAGCAUGGAGCUGCAUUGAGAUUUUUUGUAGGGUUCUACUUUUUCACAGAAUUAUUGUUUUUUUAUAUGUAUAAAAUAUAUACUACCGAUUGUAUUAGGCAUUUUUUCUUUUCCUUUCGUUUGAGUAACUGGAUCAAGUUGUUUGUUUUUUUGCUGAUAUCCAGAUGGUUUUUUUUGUCUUCCCAUCAUGUGCAUGUUCUCCAUUGCUCCAAACACCCUAUGCACAGUCUCUGUUUCGUUUUGUCAGAUUUAUUUGAAAUCAUUUCUUUUUAAAAAAAAUGUCAUUGUCGAUCGUUGUGAGGUGGUGGCAAUUGUUUUUUUUGUGUGCAUAUUAUGCAGAGUGUUAAGUGUGUAAGGACCAGUCAAAGCAAGCGAGAAAUGUGCGUGUGAGUGUACACGUUUAUGUUUUCUUAAUCCAUGAAAUAGCACUGCCCAGGACUGACCUGUGUGCAUCCCUUUGCAUGCAUGCAGUCCCUUUGAACCACAUCUCCAAGGAGAUCGGGUGCGACUCGCCCAUCAUUCCAGAAUCUCCCUCAUGUAUUGUAUGAUGUGAUGUAUGUGUUCCAGCAGAAGGUGCCUUCCCCUUUUAAUAUAGCGUGAUUCUGGUCCCAAGCUGUGCCGGAUUUGGCCCAGACCCUAGCCACAUCCGGCCCAGAUGAGCAGUAAGCCAGCCCUCCCUAGCUGAAAGCUUUAACAGGAGUUCACACGGUCCUGUUUGUUUCCUAAAUGUACUGUGUGUUGUCCAGAGAACAUUUGCUUAAAGUUGGUGUAAUCUAAUCUUAAGGUAUUUAAACAAAAAAAAUGUAUAUGGCAGAAACGGUAAUUCUACGCUUCUGUGUCAACUCUGAAUGGCAGAAGUGGCAAUCCAGCGCUUUGUUUGCCACAGCUCCUACUACAGUGCGUGUAGGGGGGCAUCAGAGAAAUAACUUUUUUGUGUACACACACACACACAAACACACACACACACACACACACACACACACACACACACACACACACACACACACACACACACACACACACACACACACACACACACACACACACACACACACACACACACACACACACACAGUCAAAUCAGUGAUGGAGAACCUGGAUUCAGAAGCUACAAUCCAGUGAAGCGUAUUCCAGAUAACCUGGUCUUACCUGUCCAAUUAGGCAAUCGCCUGGUUGAAUUAGACAGGUAAAACCAGGUCAUUUGGAAUAUGUGGCACUGGAUUAUAGCUUCUGAAUCCAGGUUGCCCAUCACUGGGUCAAAUACUAUACUCCAUGGGUAACGACUAUACAUAUUGCCACUGAGGGUUGUAUUUUCAUUGGUAAUAUGGAAUGUGGCUUGGCUGCAGGCAUGGCCAACGUACAGUAGUAGUUACACUUUUCCACAUCUAUGCCGCAUAGUUGAACCGGACAUACAUAUGACCUGUGUGUCCUCACAUACCCAUAUGUUUUAACCAUGCCAUAUUGAGUCCGCCUAACAGUUCACACGAACUUACAAUAAGACACUCCACUAAGGUCAAGAUGCUCUGUGGUACUGAAGGUCAAAAGGUCAAGUCAAGGUCAUUGUAAUCCACUGAACUGCCAUGUGUUCACUCCUGUAAUAAAGACUCCUUCCGCUCUCGAAGA